CUGAGAACCGGACCAUGCAUUAACAAAGACUGAAUGCUGCUUUAUUUAUUCAGCCAAUCAACCGAACGCUGUGCGAUGUGCAUCGUGGCUUGAGUGAGGAUCACUUGCUGUGAUGGUGCUGGAUUUGGGUGAGAACUGUGUGAAGAGGGCUGAUGAGGAUAAUAUGGAGGCCACCAGCACAGAUGUUCAAGAGAAAGAGCCUGAUUCAGAGAAACCCAAACCUAGCCCCACCCGAGUAAAAACCAGCAAUGUCACCCAGAAAGACAGGGUGCAACACAACGGGCCCUGCAGCACACAAGUGGAGAAAAGGGUGAAGGAAGCAGAAGGAGGGAGCACUGGAAGAACCAAGCAAUUUGAGGGACAAAGAAGGCCCCUUAGUUUAGAAAUCAAACCCCAGCGACCUAAGGCCAAUCCUCAGUCUGAAAGAAAGGUGGUGCAGCCUCCAUGGCGUUAUGGUGCUCCAUCUCCCCCCAUACGAAGCCUCACAAGCCCAAGCAUGGGACCCAGAGGCUUCAUGCGGCGUAGUGAAAGCACUUGUACUGUAAACUCCAUGACACCCCUUAGAGCUGCCAGGGGAAGAAUGCGACCAGCUACGUCUUUGCCACACAUUAACAGGGGCAUUGGUGCUGCGCCACUGCCUACGCCUUCGACACCACGUGGGCCCUGUUUACUAGUGGCGCUGCGACCCAUAAAUCUUGAGCAGGAGCGUCAGACCUUUUUCCAGUCGGAUUAUAAAUAUGAGCCUCAGUUUGAGUAUGCAUCACCAGAGCCCAUUAGUGUCCUGGAGAAGUAUAUCGAAGGAUCUGGUCUUUUUCUUUCCCAGGCAGUUGGUAUCAUGGAGUGUGUCCUGAGGAAGUUUGGAACUUAUGAGAAUUUUGAGGAAGUCACAGGAGGAAGUGUGCUACCCAAGAGUCGAGUGUGGGCAACUGCACGGAAGUACUUGCAGAAAGAGGGCUGUGUGGGUGAGGUGGUGGUGACUCUCUCUGAAGAGCUUCUGUCCCAGGCAGUGAUGAUGGUGGAGGGUUGUAGACCGACUCUUACAAUCAACCUGUCUGGAGCAAGGCAACACUGGCUAGAAGGAAUGUUUAGACAUGAAAUCGGUACACAUUACUUACGCGGUGUAAAUAACAGCAUGCAGCCAUGGGCCUCUGCUGUUGGAAGGAAGAAGUUUGGACUAAAGCCAGCCAACCCUACAGAGGAAGGACUAGCCAGCAUUCACAGUGUGCUGUUACGGAAGCAGCCGUUCUUGUGGAGAGCUGCUCUCCUGUACUAUACUGUGUACCAUGCUGCUAACAUGAGCUUUAGCAAACUGUUCAGCCAUAUUGCUCGCUUCGUCAAGGACCCCGCUGUACGCUGGGAAUACUGCCUACGUGCCAAACGGGGACAAACAGAUACCUCAAAACCAGGCUGUUUUAGUAAAGACCAGGUUUACCUCGAUGGGAUUCUGCGGAUUUUACGGCACAGAAGAAACAUUGAUUUCAAGAUGUUAGCCUCAUUAGGAAAGGUAUCUUAUGAAGAUGUAGAGAGGCUUCGUCAUCAUGCAGUUCUACAGGGCACUAGAAUCCCUCACUUCAUGCAAGACCAAGAGCGCUACUUGCAGCAGCUUGAUCACAUUGUUGUGACCAACGAACUGAAUGAUGCUGAGCUGCAAGAGCUUAUUCCUUAAGUGUUCAGAAAGCUGGAUGGGUUAAAGAACUGGUCGUACUUGAACAUCCACUGAAAUUUAGUUUUACAAAAAACUGAAUAAUAACAUGUGUCCAUCUUUUACACAUGAGAAUCAUUAGCAUUAGGAACAGAUACAUUUUUGAAAAAUUUUAGUAUGUGAACAACCAUGUUGGCACAAUGCUGUCAAAUGACAUGCUGAAACUGGGAAUUGACGACAUCAACAUUUAAAAAUCCUCUUGAAAAUCUGGUCAGAAAUGCUGUCAGGUUUGAGGCCUUAUUCACUGCUAUAGAUAGCCAUCUAGCAAACAGGAAUUUACUUGACAGGAUUUCUGAAAGUUUUUACUUUGGCUGAUUUUUCCCCAUUUUGCAAAUUGGGCAUGUUUAAUAUCCCAGUGUACGCUGCACAAUGCCCUUGCUGGCCAAGGAGAGAAUCUUACUGAGUCUCAGCAAGUUCUGAGAUACUUUCAUCACUCAAACCAGUGCCUAAACCCGACAGUAUUAAUUACCGUUGCAGCAGCAAUGAGGCAAAUCCCCGUCCGGCCUCUCCUGUCUCAGACGUGGCUAAUUGUGUCUUUUAAGCUCUUGGACAGACCAUUGGCAAACGUUAAGAUUCAACUCGAGCAGUAGCCUGCGGUGCUGCUGGUGUGUAUUUGAGAGUCUUUUUAAUUUAUCCAAAGGAACUUACAGUUGUGACUGAAUACAGUGCAGAGGACAAUUGAGGGUUAAGUUACAACUUGUCAGUGGUGGGGCUUGAACCAGUCAUCUUGCAAUCAACAGUUAAGUACCUUAACCACUGACCAAAUCGAUCAUACUUAUUCGUAAUCUUUGCUGGCAAUGCCAGUCAGCCAACUGACAUCACAUUAGCUAAACCGACAUAAUUUCUGACACGCCAAUUCUAAGUGCUAUGACACUUGGCAUGUUUACAGUAGCAGAGAGAAUUUUCUCUGUACCACAUUAUUUGUCAUGUAUUUAGGCCUACAGCAAAAAAAAAACUAUAUAAAUCGUACCCUGAUGAAGGAUCUAAAAAAUUUACUUUAUAAAGGCUGUACUUGUAAGAAUUUAUUUGCUAUAGUAUUUUAACAAAUGUUACUUAGUCAAAGCCAGAUAUAUUCAAGCACUGUUUCACAUUGAUUUGUAUAUACACUCCUCUUCAUUACAAAUGCUUACUGCAUUGUUGUGCCUGUAAGGCUGUUUUAGUACACUAGUGCUUUUUAAACCACUGUCAGUAUUUAUGCAAGUAUUUAUUUUUUAUUUAUUACCUCUUGUAUUCAAAAUGAAAACUGAAUGUCAUUGAUUUUAGCUUUAUAACUCCACUAGUGGAGUACAUUGUCGUACGCCUUAGUUUUACAAAAGAAUGCCAAGGAUGUUCAAGACAACAAGCAUCACACAGAACGUUUAUCGGCCUAAUGAACUGAAAACAAGUGUAAUUGACUUUUAACUAUAAUUAAAGCCAUUUUAUGCAGCCAUUAGUUAUGGGUAAAAUAAAAGGGCUGUUUUCAGAGCACCCUUGGUGGACUUCAUGACCUAUGUUAAUGUAACUUGAGUACCCGUGUAGGCCCGUUACCACUGCACCCUCUGGUCUCUAUGGCUGUACCAAACAGUCCAUUACCUGUAGCUCCCUCACUAAAGGGAACAUUAUAGACUCAGGAAGAGAUGUGGUGAGGUCAUGUGGAUGUGCCUUAGAUGGGUUCUGAACUCAUCUGUAGUGGUCAUGUGUGUGUAAAAUGCUUGAAAUCACAUAUCCUACUUCACUAGUAAUCACUGUCUGCUGCACCGCAUGAAUAUUGCACAGUUUAUGUCCUGAAAAUAUCCUGCAAUUUUUCAGUUUAUUUAUUAAAAUGCUUUUCUGAAA